AUGGAGCUCCAAGUUUGGUCGGUUUUGAUGCACAAAACUAUAUUUGUUUUGGGUUGGACAGCAGUGGUAGUAGAAGUAGCAGUUGGAGGUGGAAGUGGAGGAGGAAAUUAUAGUAAUAAUAAUAAUAAUAAUAUUGAUGAUACGGAUAAGCUAUCUUUGCUUGGGUUCAAGUCCCAAAUAGGCAAAGAUCCCCAUGGAAUUCUGAAAUCUUGGAAUGAAUCUCUGCACGUGUGCGAAUGGACAGGCAUCACAUGUGGCCGACGGCACAAGAGGGUGACCAAGUUGGAGCUCAAUUCAUACGACCUCAAGGGUAGCAUAUCUUCCCAUAUUGGAAACUUGAGUUUUCUUAGGACGUUAGACCUCCAAAAUAAUACCUUCACCCACCAAAUCCCUCCACAAAUCGGCCGUUUGUUCCGGUUGACAGUAUUAAUCCUUUCCAACAACUCCUUGAGCGGCCCAAUUCCACACAAUAUAUCUCGUUGCUUUGCCCUUCAAACCAUCGCCUUAUUUGGUAACAAUCUUACUGGAAAAGUUCCCGCAGAGAUUGGAUUGCUAUCUAAGCUUAAGAAACUUGAUUUGGGCAGGAACAAUUUGGUCGGUGAAAUACCAGAAUCCAUUGGAAAUCUUUCUUCUCUUGAGAAGUUCAGUUUGGUAGCAAACAACCUGCAUGGACGCAUUCCAACCAGCGUUGGCCUGUUGAAAAGUUUGAUGGUGUUACGGCUUGUGGAGGCUGGUUUGUCUGGUGUGAUUCCUCAGUCCAUGUUCACUAAUCUUUCUUCUAUUACAGAGUUUGGUCUAACAGGCAACCAACUUCAAGGAAGCCUACCUCCUGACUUGUGCCGCAGUAUUCCAAACCUUCACUACUUUCAAUUGUCAUACAAUCAGUUUGGUGGACCAAUUCCUACCUCUUUUUCUAAUGCCUCAAACCUCUUAUAUUUUGAAGUUCCCAAAAAUAACUUUAUUGGGAAAGUGCCAAGUUUUGCUAGGUCGUCCAAUUUGCAGAGGCUACUUAUUCAAUACAAUAAUCUUGGAUCUCGUGAGGAUGAGGAUUUAAAUUUUCUUUCCUCUCUUACAAACUGCACACACUUGCGAGAUUUUUCAACCUCUGGCAACAAUUUUCAACUGACCUUGCCUAAAUUGGUUGGCAACUUCUCAACUGAGCUCGUACCGUUUGCCAUGGAAGAAAAUGGGAUACGUGGAAGUAUUCCUACUGAGAUUGGAAAUCUCAUAAACUUGGGGGUAUUAUCUUUUGCAGGAAAUCAACUCACAGGUCCUAUACCCAGCUCAAUAGGUAAAUUGCAAAAGCUGCAAUACAUAUACCUAAAUAACAAUAAACUCUCUGGGUUUAUCCCUUCUUCUUUAGGAAAUUUGACACAGUUAAGUAGACUCUAUCUAGAGUCAAACACUUUGCAAGGAAGCAUACCAUCAAGUCUUGGAGAAUGCAAGAGUUUGAUAGAUCUCUUUCUUUCUCAGAACCAUCUCAGUGGUCCUAUACCAAAACAACUUAUUGGCUUGUCAUCCAUUUCCAUUACAUUAGAUUUAUCUAGCAACAUCUUGACUGGUCCUAUUCCUUUAGAAGUAGGUAAGUUGGUAAAUCUUCCCUCUUUGGAUGUUCACGAUAACAAGUUAUUUGGUGGAAUUCCUGCCACUCUUGGUGGCUGCACAAGCUUGCGGUAUUUGUAUUUGUGA